UUUUUAGAGUCUUCGUCGUCCGCAGCAUUCUGCUCCGUGUCGUCCGUCCCCGUCCGUCCGCCCCGUACCUCGUGGUGAACGGCCGAGUGUUUAGAUCUUUAGAUUGUCAUUCUCCCAUGGAAUUUGUGUAGUAUUGCAACUUUUCCAAACCGAAGAGGAUAUCUGGUGAAAUGGAUAGCAAACAACAGUACAAGAAAAAUGCUUCCACAGCUCUCAAACAUGCCGCGAAGAACACGAAGAAGCUUGUCGGCGCUGGUGGUAUUAACUCGACAGAAACAAUCUCAGACGAAAUUAAUGAACCCAAACUUUUUAAAGAUAUUGCCCUGAAAAAGAGAAGUUCAAAUCUCAGAAUACAUCCUGACCGAGGUGUUGUAUACCUUGCCCACAUUCCUCAUGGGUUUUACGAAGAAGAAAUGAAAAGCUUCUUUAAACAGUUUGGUCACAUUACGAGAAUACGGCUGGUCCGUAGCAACAAGACUGGAAGUAGUAAAGGGUAUGCAUUUAUUGAGUUUCGAUUCAAAGAAGUUGCCGAAGUUGUGGCUGAGACAAUGAACAAUUACUUGUUUGGAAAUCGUGUACUGAAAGCUGUAUUCAUACCUCCAGAAAAGCAGAAUCCCAAGAUGUUCUUGCACUCUAUUGGAUAUUCCCCAGAGACUUGCAUUGGUGUAAGGAGGCGACGUGAGGCGGUUGCUCAGCAGAACAAGCCAUUAACUCCCCAAGCGGCCAAAGUUCGAAUUGACAAAGGCAAGAAUCACUUGCUUGAACUUCAGGAAAAGCUAAAGGCACAAGGAGUGGAUUGUCUCUUUCAGGUUAAUUGUGACACAAGCAAACGUCUCUUAGAGACCAAUUCCUUACCCCCUUCUAAGCGUGUUCGAACAUCCUCACCUACACUCAAAGCAAAAUCCAGCAAACCAACGGAGCAGACACAAUCAAAUCCAGUUUCCACUCUUAAGAAGAAAUCUAUCGCCAGCAAGGGACCCAUGUCUGAGAAAACUGCCAAGAGUCUCAAAGGUGUGAAGGCAGUUGUUCAAGAGUUAAAAGCAAGUGGCAAAAUUAAGGGGAAGGUAGAAAAGGUAACUGCUGAGAAAAAUUCUGUGAAGAAACCUAUUGUGAAAAAAGUUGUGAAGAAGGUAGUUACGAAACCGAGUGUAACAAAGGUAGUGACCAGUAAGAAAGAUGUAAAGAAAACUGUCCUUAAGAAACAGGCUUCUAAGAAAAAGUAAGUCUGGACAAUUCUUUUUUCUCUCUGAAUGUUGGACUCAUUUUUAAGUGAAAUGUGACUUGUAUAUAUUUUGGAAAAUAAAUUAAUUUGUUGUAUAUUGCUCA